UCUGGAAAAGUGCAUUCCUCCUUUACUUCUUAGAUCUAGUUUUAUUUGCGCGAUGGAAGUUGCGGCUGAGAAUCAGUUUCAUUAUUUCCGUGAUCUUGGCCAAUGCUCGUAAAACUCAUUAUCGGAAAAUAAAAAUACUUUAUUGUUAUGUGUUACGUUAUGUUUAAAUCGUUUUUUAUUGCAUGUAUUAUUGUAUUGAUUAAUAUAAAGAUCAUUGAGUGUAAAAGAAAUAAAAAUACUGAUUUAGUCGAUUUAACUGGCGUCAAUUUUUAUACGGAAAAUAAUGAAGUCAAAAUUAAACUCGAUGUUGAAAAAUUAUUAUCAGAGGAACUACAAAGUCGUCAUGAUCAUGACCAAGAUAAUAAUGCUGUUCAUAAUAACGAUAAGCAGCCAAAUAUUUUCCAAAGAAUCGGAGCAAUGUUGAUGAUGAUACCAUUGAUGAUGCAGGUUCUGUCUCUCCCAGGAGCGCUCGCCUCUAUAAAAAUGUCCCUGUUGAAAAGUCUCUUUGUCGGUAAACUGGCUCUGAUAAUAAUGCUGUACAACUUGUUGAUAAGCUUGCGUUCGAACUCAGAAACUGUCUUUGUCAAUCAUGGGCCAAGCCGACCUGAACACUACGACCACUACUACUCGCCAUAUGACGACGAUGAUUCCGGUCCGUUCGGAUGAAAUUAACCGAUAACUCAAUGGGGUUUUUGUAAAUUUUAAAUUUAUUAUUUAAUUUUUUUUUCUAUUGGUUGGUGGAUGAUUGUGUGUGUUAUUACUUAUUUGAUGAUACUUACCGAAUUACUUUUGACCUUGGGAUUAAGUAUUUGUGUCCGUUCGUGAAGGCGUUGGGAUGUUGACUGACCUACUUGGAGUUAAACUAACGGCAUUUUGGUCCAGAUUGUUUUUAUGGUGUGUUGUGUCGAAAACUUUGUAUUUACGUUUUAUAUAUAUGUAUAUUUAUAUGAAAUUUUUGAGUCAAUAAAAUAAAAUUGAUUGAAAAUGAAAUUUUAUAUACAUAUGGGGGAGGGGUGAGUAAAACGGUACCGUUCAGGAAAUUAUUUUUGUUCAUAGGAAUACGGAAUUUUUUUUUUUUACUUACAUUUGAAGAAAUUGAAGAAAAUUUCCACUUUCUAUGGUAAAAUUUUUUUUUCCGGGCGGGCAAAACGGACAGACCCUAAAAACGAAGUAAAAAAUUUUUUUUUUAUUUGAAAAAAAUGACUAGUAAAAUUUUUGUUUUUGUGGCCAAUGGAGUCGCUGAAAAAUUCAUGAAAAAAAAAUUUGCGACCCUCGAAAUUUUACAAAAAAGAUGAUAAGAGUCGCAACUGACAUUUAAAAAUAAAAUUUUUGAUAAAAAAAGUUUUUACAAAAUUUGUAGGGUGGUCUGUUUUACCCACCGGAUCUCGUUUUGCCCGACUUCCCUCUAUAUUUUUUAUUUCGAAAUUUGAAUUAAUUAUUUAAUUAAAUAAUAGAUAAUUUUCAGAAAUAAUUUUUGACUAAAUAAAUUUUUAGCCGAAAAUUGUAAAAAUAAUUUUGGCUUUUUACUCUGACAAGAAAAUAAAUUUUCAAAAAAUACUUCCGCCUAAAAAAAAUUCUCUGUACAUUACAAUUAAUUAAUAUUCCAUACAAUUAAUAAUUCAAAAA